ACAACCUGAAUGGUUUGUCUCUCCUCCAAAACUUUCCUUUAUUUGACCCGUCUCUCCUCUUGUUAGUUAUGAACUCAUCAUAAUAGAAUAGCUAUGUCUUUUUCCCAUCAUCUCGCGUCUCCUUCUCUUCCUUUCCGUCUUUUAUUUUUCUUCAUCUCCGCAGUGUUGUUAUUCGGGAAAUCUCAAGAGGAGGAAGCUAUACAAGUUAAAGUUGGAGUUGUUCUUGACACUAAUGUGACAUUAGCAGAUUUGAGCUUGCGAGCUAUCAACAUGUCUCUGUCGGAAUUCUAUACUACUAAUAAUGGUUUCAAGACAAGGAUUGUUCUCAACGUCCGAGACUCCAAACAAACUGUUGUUGGUGCUGCAGCUUCAGCCUUAUAUUUGAUUAAGAAGAGGGACGUGGUGGCCAUCAUUGGACCAGGGAAUUCAAUGCAAGCUCCAUUUUUAAUCAACCUCGGAAACCAAUCUCAAGUUCCAAUCGUUUCAUUCUCUGCAACAAGCCCUCUUCUUGAUUCCAUCCGUACUCCAUAUUUCAUCAGAGCGACACACGACGAUUCGUCACAAGUUCACGCCAUUAGCGCCAUCAUAGAAUCAUUUAGAUGGAGAGAAGUCGUGCCUAUUUACGUAGACAAUGAGUUCGGAGAAGGUAUUCUUCCUUACCUAGUCGAUGCUUUUCAAGAGAUUAACGUUCGAAUCCGAUACCGAAGCGCCAUAUCGUUACAUUUCUCUGAUGAUCAAAUCAAGAAAGAGCUUUACAGGCUAAUGUCCAUGCCCUCUAGGGUUUUCAUCGUCCACAUGUUGCCUGAUCUCGGGGCGAGGCUCUUCUCGAUAGCGAGAGAGAUUAAUAUGACGAGUCAAGGAUACGUAUGGAUUGUUACAAAUGGUAUAGCUGAUCUCACGAGUUUAAUGGGGCAAUCAAGCUUAGAAGACAUGCACGGUGUCUUGGGCGUCAAGACAUAUUUCUCUAGGUCAAAAGAGCUAUCGUAUCUUGAAGCUCGUUGGCGAAAAAGAUUCGGAGGAGAAGAGCUAAAUAACUUCGGAUGUUGGGCUUAUGAUGCUGCCACAGCACUUGCAAAGUCCAUAGAGGAAAUCAGCAACGUGAGUUUCAACAAGGCCUCAAGAAAUACGCCAAGAGAUGAUACUGAGACUGAUCUUGAUGAUCUCCGCGUCUCUCUCUCUGGUCCUAAGCUUCUUCAAGCGUUAUCAACAGUCACUUUCAAAGGCGUUUCCGGGAGAUUUCAGCUAAAAGAAGGGAAGCUAGAGGCGACGAUUUUCAAGAUAAUCAAUAUAGAAGAAAACGGGGAGAGAACGGUUGGAUUUUGGAAAUCAAAAGUAGGAUUAGUGAAGAGCCUUAAGGAGGUUCAAAAAGGCACUAACAUCUCACAGAGCUCGCGUCGCCUUAGACCGAUAAUAUGGCCUGGGGACACUAUCAUCGUGCCUAAAGGUUGGGAGUUCCCAAUAAAUGCAAAGAAGCUGCGAAUAGCAGUUCCAAAGAAGGAUGGUUUCAACCAGUUUGUGAAGGUAACAAAGGAUGCAAACACUAAUGCUCCAACGGUCACCGGUUUUUGCAUAGAAGUUUUCGAGACGGUGAUGAGACAAAUGCCAUAUGCUGUCCCUUAUGAGUACGUCCCCUUUGAAACUCCUGAGGGAAAAUCAGAUGGAAAUUACGACGAAAUGGUUUAUAGAGUGUUUCUUGGGGAGUAUGAUGGAGCUGUAGGGGAUACAACAAUCUUAGCAAAUCGGUCUGCUUAUGUUGAUUUCGCAUUGCCAUACUCGGAGACAGGUAUUGUGUUCGUGGUGCCGGUCAAAGAUGAGAGAGAGAAAGGAGAAUGGGUCUUCUUAAAGCCUUUAACAAAGGAGCUUUGGUUGCUCACUGCUGCUGCUUUUCUCUACGUUGGAAUAAUGGUUUGGAUCUUUGAGUACCAUGCAGAUGGAGAUUUCAAGAGACAUACGACAUCUGAUAAUAUAUCUAAUGUCUUCUACUUCUCAUUUUCGACUUUGUUUUUCGCACACAGGAAGCCAUCAGAGAGCUUUUUCACAAGGGCUCUUGUGGUUGUUUGGUGCUUUGUGUUACUGAUUCUGACUCAGAGCUACACAGCGACACUGACAUCGAUGCUGACUGUUCAAGAGCUUAGACCAACGGUAAGACACAUGGAUGAUCUGAAGAAGAGCGGAGGGAACAUUGGGUAUCAAUCUGAUUCGUUUACAUUCGAAAGAUUGAAACAAUUGGGUUUCGAUGAAUCGAGGUUAAAAACUUAUGAUUCACCUCAAGAAAUGCGUGAGCUUUUUCUCAAAAAGAGCAGCAAUGGUGGUAUUGAUGCUGCCUUCGAUGAAAUCCCUUACGUCAAGCUUUUCAUGGCUGAAUAUUGCUCAGAGUAUUCCAUUAUCGAGCCUACCUUUAAGGCCGAUGGCUUUGGCUUUGCUUUUCCACUGGGAUCUCCGUUGGUGUCAGAUAUUUCGAGACAGAUCUUGAACUUAACAGAGGGAGAGAAUAUGAGAGCUAUGGAGAAGAAGUGGUUUUUCGGAGAGAAACAAUGUCUGGACUCGACCACAUCAGAUUCUCCAAUCCAGCUCGAUCACCACAGCUUCCAAGCUCUGUUUCUGAUCGUCUUUGUCGUCUCCAUACUUCUACUAUUGCUCAUGUUGGCUUGUAAGAGAUGCAAAGAGAGACAAAGCGACGACAUCAACAGCAAAUCUGUGGCUCAAGAUGGAGUCAGUGAAGAAGGUAACGUUGGAUAUGGAGACGAAGCAGAUUAUAAUGAGCAUCAUAUUGUGGACGUCGACACAGCUUUGCUCCGUCGCAAGAACCUGGCCUCAUGGAGUAUGCCCCUACGGAGAAAUGUGCCACUGUUAAGGCUAAAAUCAGCAUAGUCAAAAACUGAACACUUAGUUCUCUGAAACUGUCAGAUUUCAUUUACGUUUAGUGUUGUAUAUUUGGGUAAUGUUGAUGAUUCUCCGCAAGUAGAUAAUAAUCAAAUCGCAACGUGCCAAGCAUAUAUCAACAGCUUCAUAUGCAAUGCAUCGAUCGUACUCGGCCUCGGCACGUGAACGUGAUAUUGUUGUGUGGACAAUUAAUCGGUUCUAUACAGUCAACAAACCAAGUCAAAACUAAACUUAAAUAUUGCAGCUUUAUCCAUUUUUAUUUUUGUAUUGUCUUCUUUACGCUUCAUUAACUUACAAAUGAUUAUCCAUUCAA